CAUCUUGUAUUGUAUUACGUCAAUCGAAAACAUCAUCUACUAAUAAUAAGAAUACGAUUGAAACAUUAACUGAAUGUUAUACAUUUUUAUUUCAAUCAAAAGAACAUGCACGUAGAUUUGCUCUUGCUCUUGCAGAAGCAUUUAAUAUACAAAAACAAUCAACAAGAAUUUCAAGACAAAAUCAUGAUGAAAAAAGAGAUGGACGUUCACCUCAACAUCGUUCAAGACAUCGAGAUGGUUACCAUCAUGAUAGAAUACGUACUGGUGGCAAACGUGAUGAUAAUUAUUUACGAGAUUCAAAAGUGUGA